AUGGGUGUCGACCUUCCACCGGCGACGAAACUUCCAGACGAUGCAUUGGAGAAGCGUCUGAAACAAGCACUCAACGCUUCCCAAUGUUUCUCUAGUGUCAUUCCGGACCCUCCUCUCAAACCCACGACUAUCCCUGCGUGGCCGCCAUUUAAUCCCAAGGGAGGGAACGAUUACUCCCUGCAGGCUGCGUUCACAAAAGGUAACUUCGACGAAGCAUUCGCGAACGAGACCGCUCGCAUCUUUGGCAGACAAAAUGCGGUCGAUCUCUAUGUCAACCCCAUGAUUGACCUGCGGCAGACGCUGAUGACCAUAGGGAAGUUGUGCGACGAGGGAUUCAAGUGUUGUGUUGUCCAAGAUACGGAUAGCCGGUCAUGCGCCAUCAAUAUUAGGUUUUUGUCCGUGCAUCAGCUGGGCUCAAAAACCCCUAUUAUCGUCCUGCUCUAUCAACCGUUCACCAGGAAUAACGUAGCUCAGGGUCUUCAGUGGGUGCAAGCGCAGAGGAAAAAGCCUGGAUUCAAGGGGCUGAUGAAUAUCAAGGCAACAGAGCUGGAGCAGAAGAUUCUCCUCAGAUUGCUUACCAUGAACGCCAAGCAUCUGUCGCCAGGAUUUAAACCCAGCAGAGAGGCAAUGGAGCAGAGCUUCAAACUUUCUUUCGUGCUACCUGUCGGCCCGCUUGCGUUCGAAGACCUUGGUAAGCUCAACGCUGAUACCGGGUGCGUCGUCUGCGGGGACAAAACGACAAGUCGGUGCACCCAGUGCUUGUCGGUCGCGUAUUGCGGACGCGAGUGCCAGCUUGCGCACUGGCCGGAACACAAGCAAACUUGCCGCUCGCUCAAGGGCGGCACCUGGCGCACGAUCCGCUUCGCCAACUGUGUGCCCGGCUGCGAGGGCAUGUACGCCUACACCUUCAACCGGUUCAACUUCCGCGACGAUGGCAAACUGGGCAAUGUGCGUAAGAUCGACGCCGAGACCCCGCCGCCCAACAUCCACGACACGAAGACGUUUCUCGUGAAGCUGCAGGUUGGACCCCAGGGCCACUAUAUGAUCUACGACCGGCAGCGCUCGUUUGAGGUUUAUUUCAUAAACUCGAGCGAUCCUGGUACCUUCUCGGAAUUUAGGAAUGAGAUGCUCGGUCCAAGGGGUACACCGCGAGCUGUGAAGAUGUAUCGGUGGGCGAAGCGUGUGAGUGAGUGGGAACUCAGCGUGUGCAUCGACAGGUUGCCGCAGACGGAUAUCAGGUGGUAA